AUGGGCGUGAGUGAUGCCUCGCAAGAUGCCCCAGCCACCCCCGAUCCUGUGGAAAAGGGUUUUGCUACACUCAACACCAUCAGGAUCGGUAUGAAGGCGUUUGUCGAAAAGGAUGGGGAGCAUCGGAAAGCAGAGAUUUUGUCGAUGAGGCAGCGGAAGGGGGGGUCAAGCUUUUACGUUCAUUAUGUCGAUUUCAACAAGCGUCUUGAUGAAUGGAUACCGGCAUCCAGGAUUGACCUUACCCAGGAAGUCGAAUGGCCACAGCCGGACAAACCAGAGAAGAAAAAGGUUACCGGUGCAGCGGCUCCAAAGGCACAGCCAAAAAACUCCCAAAAACGGGCGCGAGCGAGUAGUCGCGAGGUUUCAACAGCGCCUGAGCUUCUUGCUGGUAAGAAUCUGAAUAUCAGCAAGGCAUCCCGCCCCUCCAAAGCAGGUGGGAAAGAGAACAGUGAUGACGUAAUGCCUUCGAACCUCUUGCUGCUGGGCAGCGAAGCUGUUUCGUCGGUUAAUACUCCAAGGGCAGACGGGGAGCCGGAAGAUGUUGAAAUGGUCGAUGCAGUUGAUGCAGAGGCAAAACAAGCUAUAAAACAGGAAGAGGAAAAGAUCGCCGGAGAUCUCACCCGAGGAGAAGAGAUCGAAAAGCUGCGAACACAUGGAAGCAUGACGCAGAAUCCAACUGAGAUACAUCGCGUGCGAAACUUGACUCAUAUUCAAAUGGGCAAAUACGAGAUUGAACCGUGGUACUUUUCACCCUAUCCAGCACACUUCACCGACGCGGACAUGGUGUAUAUCGAUGAGUUUUGCCUUAGCUAUUUCGACCAAAAGCGCUCCUUUGAAAGACACCGUUCCAAAUGCACCCUUGUUCACCCUCCAGGCAAUGAAAUCUACCGUGAUGAUAACGUCUCGUUCUUCGAAGUCGACGGACGCCGCCAGCGGACCUGGUGCCGGAAUCUGUGUCUGCUGAGCAAGCUAUUCCUGGACCACAAAACUCUCUACUACGACGUGGAUCCGUUCCUCUUCUACUGCAUGACCACAAGAGACGAGCAUGGCUGCCAUUUAGUCGGAUACUUCUCCAAAGAGAAAGAGUCUGCAGAAGGCUAUAAUGUCGCUUGCAUUCUCACACUACCUCAGUACCAACGUCGAGGCUUUGGUCGACUUCUCAUCGCUUUCAGCUACGAGCUCAGCAAACGGGAAAGCAAGCUGGGUUCCCCCGAAAAACCACUCAGCGACCUGGGGCUCCUGGGAUAUCGGCAAUAUUGGAGGGAAACCCUUGUAGAUAUUCUCAUGGAGCCGGGUCGGGAGUCCAUUAGCGAGAGCGAACUUGCGAAUCUUAGCGCGAUGACCGAGAAAGAUGUCCACGAGACGCUAGUAGUGCUAAAUCUCUUGCGAUACAAUAAAGGAAACUGGGUCAUCGUGCUCACAGACGCGGUUAUCGAGCAACAUAGAAAGCGCCUGGAGAAGGAGAAACUCAAGGGAGCUCGCAAAAUCGAUCCUGCCAGGUUACAAUGGAAACCUCCCGUUUUUACUGCGUCAAGCCGGACGUGGAAUUGGUAG